UUCGACGAAAAAUUGCAAUCCAGACAAGGCAAAUUUGAAAUACGUUUCGGCGUAUGACGUUACAAGGAGUGAGAUAGAGGGCCGGAGAUGAUUGACGGUUGAGACGAGAAUUGGAAAAGAGGAGAAAUAUUUGUUAUGAGAUGAGUACUAUUACACGGCAUUGAGAGAGUGAGUGGGACUACAUUAAGGACUGGGACAGGUUCUUCCCCCUUUCCUCCUGCUGGCUCUGAUAGAGAUAUUCUGGAGGAAUAAUUUGUUUUCUGAUUGAAAUCUGAUAUCCCUUCUUCCUUUCCUGAACAAGUGAAGCAUCACAAACAACAAUCAGUUUGUAGCUGUACAACAUUUCCCCAGCUGUAAUUUGGAGCCAUGAAUCCUUGCUUUCCGGAUUGGAAUUUUGGGGUUGAAUUCCCAGAGCCCAUUCUGAAGAACAAGCCCCUGGGAAUGGACAAUGAGCUAGUGGAGCUGUUGUGGGAAAAUGGACAAAUUGUGCUGCACCCUCAAUCUCAUCAUCACCACCAUCCAAAACCAGGGACUGCUGAUCAACAAGAGAAUCAAUCUAGGCAGGUUGACAAACACAACCAUGAUCAAUCAGUGAGCAGAGGCAGUACAGGGGGUGGCUCUUGUCAAAAUCAGGUUACUAGUUUGAUUCAAGAUACUGAGACAGUCUCUUGGAUUGAUGAUCCCUUUGACAAGGAAUUCACCUCUGACUUCUUAUCUGAAUUUCCAAUCUCCAAUCCAGUUGAGCAAGGUCCACAUGAGGAUGAUAAGUUUAAAAAAUUUGGCAUAUCACAAGACCUCCACAACCAUCCUGUCCAGUUACCCAAUGAUAAACCUUCUGAUGUCAUCAACUCAUUGCCUCCAGGAUUUCACAACUUUGAUUCUGCUCAGCCCAAUCAUUCCCAUUUACCAAGAGCUGCUAACGCUCCUUUGUCUGCCAAGGCAGAUUUGAGAUCCUCAAGUGAUGGAGUUAGCAAUAGGACUUUGGGAGGUGAAGCUAGAGAGUAUUCUUCCGCCAAGACGGUUGGCACCAGCCACUGCGGCAGCAAUCUAGUAGUAAAUGAUACUGAUACAAGCCGAGUUUCGAGUGGUGGGAUUGCUAAUCAUAGAGGUUUUUCAGGAGCUAUGGCCAAGGAUCAUCGUGUUGGGAAAAUGAGCUCUCAAAGCGACGGACUUCAAACAGAUCAGACAGAGGAAACAGCAAUUACAUCAUCUUCUUCUGAUGGAUCUGAGACUAGUUUUGGGAGAACAUGUAACCAAUCAACUGGUACCAAUUCUCAUAAGAGGAAAAGCAGAGAUGCAGAAGAUUCAGAGUGCCAAAGUAAGGCCGCUGAAUUGGAGUCAGCUGCCAGAAAGAAACCAGCAGUAAAAUCUGGGAGUUCACGCAAAAGCCGUGCUGCUGAAGUCCAUAAUCUCUCUGAGAGGAGACGGAGAGACAGGAUCAACGAGAAGAUGAGGGCUUUGCAGGAGCUUCUUCCCAAGUCUAACAAGACAGAUAAAGCAUCGAUGCUAGAUGAAGCUAUAGAAUACAUGAAAUCCCUUCAGCUACAACUUCAGAUGAUGUGGAUGGGAAGUGGAAUGGCACCAAUGAUGUUUCCUGGUGUCCAACACUACAUGCCCCGCUUAGGGAUGGGAAUAGGCCCACUGGCAAUGCCUUCCAUUCACAGCCAGAUGCAUCUCCCAAGGCUGCCGCUGCUUGAUCAAGCGACAAUACCAAAUCAAGCUGCACUAUGCCACCAGACCACAAUGUUCAAUCCCAUGAAUUAUCAUGCUCAGUUGCAGAAUUCCAAAUUAUCUGAGCAAUAUGCCAAUUACAUGGCAUUCCACCCUCUGCAGAAUGCAUCACAGUUAAACGUUUUCGGCUUCGGUUCCAACACAGCACAGCAACAUAAUCACUCGUUAGCCCCAUCUGGCAACUCAAAUGGACCCUCUGUAGGAUGAGCUGCAGCUGAUAAUGCUAACUCCGGAGCAGGAAAUACAUUAAUUAUGCUGAUGGAUUGGUGACCAUUACAUAUGAAUAUGUACAGAUUAGGUCUACAUAGAUUCGAACACUGAAGCUGGGAGAUAUUUGCUCAUCGCAUGAUUUAUUGAAGAAUGAGAAAAUGCCUCUCUAUGUUUCUUUCUUGUUCAUUUUCCCCCUCCAAUUACAUCAAUCUAUUCAAGGUCCAAGAGGAAAGUUACUUCAUGGUUUGCAAUAUUCAAAGUAGUUGUAACAAGUGCGUACAAAACUCAAUUUAACAUCGCCAUUGGAGCAGUGUUAGCAUUUUC